ACAAAGAGACGAUCGACAGACGAGACAAGACCGCCACAGCGCUAGGUUGAGACCGCCAGAGGAUCUGUGUGUGUUCUUAUACAUAGUGCAGUCAAAGUGAUACACUUCGUCACUCCGUGAAAUCAUCAUCGUCGUGUUUGCCGGCACUUCCUCGUGUGUCCCUUGAGCUCCAGUCGAGACCUCUACUAAAAUCAUGCCUGGCGUCUCAGUAGGCGAUUACUCCAAAUUCCGGAGCGACCAAGCCGCUGCAGUCAGAAUUGACACUGGAGUCAUGCUCACCCCCACUCCGCCUCCUCCGAAAUAUGCUCUAUACCCACCCACAGUAUUCAUCAGGAUCGCAGCCUUCCUAGGAGCAGCUGCAGUCACUUUAGGAGCCUACGGCGCGCAUGUGCUGAAACCAACGGCCGAAAUGGCGACGAUGUUCCACACCGCCAACCUUUACCACUUCCUGCACACUCUCGUUCUCUUCACUGUGGCGUUUGCCCGUUACCCGAAAAUCACGGGUUCUUUCUUGACGUUGGGCAUAAUUGUCUUCUCGGGAACGUGUUACCUCUACGUCUUCACGCGGAACCCUCAGUGGAUUCAAGCGACACCCUAUGGAGGAAUGCUCCUGGUCGUCGGUUGGACGACGUUCCUUCUAUGAGACUGCGUUGCAAAGUUCGGUAUGAUGUCCAAUCUCUUCGGUGGAGUAGCCCGCCGAAAGAAUUAGGACAACAGAGCCGGAAACCCUGCAUCAGACGUCUCAAGUUGAAACGUAUCCUUCCGCGGGCUGAUGACCACACGAUCCUGAGCGACAAAUACUUACAUUAUUCUUCGAAUGUCUGGAAUACCAAAUAACAAACUCGGGCCUCUUCUCCCGCUUUCGGCCCGAAAAUCGGUUCGGGCGACUUCUAGCGAGAGCCCUGGUGGCUUUCGGCGGCCGACUGUGUAUACAUCUAGGGAACAGUAACUGGAUUACUGGAAGCUCAAAUAGGUACGAUAUAGCGUGAAAGCCGAGAAGUUAUAUCAGGAAGUGAGUGGAAGCAUCCUUGUAAGCUCCCGUCGCCGCUUGGAGGCUAAGUAGAGACUCGAUGAUGCACCUGUAGGUUCCCAUAUCAUUCCGUCUCUUUUAGCAGACCACCACAUUUUUGCGACAACUCUAAGCAAAACAACAUCGGUCAGAUAGCACCUUGAAUGCGUUGUGGAGUAGCAGCUCAGAUUUUAAAUGAACAAAUGUUGAGCAAAAGGGCCAAGAUCCUUCGACAUGCGAUUCUGAAUCUCCGGAUUUUCUCAAAAUCUGACUAAUAAUUCUAAAUGUUACCCGAAACCCCCUCAUGCGAGGUAUCGCUUCAAACUCGAGAGGUACUCGCUUACGCUAAUUCAAUGGAACCAUCGGGAAUCCAUUCAACACGGAGCAAUAAAAACUUGCGA